CUCCUCCCCUUCAUAACUCUUCAUGUAUCUCCCUCAGGUGAUAUCAUAUCGCGUCGGACACAGGUGUCAACGUCUCGUCUAUGGUCUUAUCAUGAAUGAAGAGGACUACAUUGUCCGGAACUACUUUCUCAGGCUAAAUGAAGUGAGAGUCGAGACUCGACCUGCGUAGGUCAAAACAAGACACGCCGUUUAUAUUACCCCAUUAACCACAAGCCGGGGAUGUCACGACCAGUGUGACAGACAGUCAGUCCCAGGAUGAGGAGAGAUCUUGGGCUGGCUUUGCUCUUGCUGCUGUCUGCAGCUGUGGAGUCCAACAAGUUGAUGUUUUGCUCGUCACGUGUGUUGCCAGGCAUGUCUCCACCAGGGAAACCAGUCCUGCUCGGCUGCAGGUCCCCUGAGAAGGAGACGUUUACCUGCUGGUGGGAGCCAGGCUCUGAUGGAGGGCUGCCCACCGCACACCGUCUGUAUUACGAGAGAGAAAGGUUGGAGGGAACGUACGAGUGUCCGGACUAUCAGUCUGCAGGAAGGAACUCCUGUUUCUUCGAUAAGGAACACACCUCCAUCUGGGUCGACUACUACCUGACGGUGAUGGCCUCCAAUGCACUCGGGAAUGCCACUUCAGAGCCUUUUAAGAUGGACGUGAUGGAAAUUGUGAAGCCCGAUGCUCUUGGAAAUGUGACGCUGCUGGUGGAGGAGAGAGAGGGCAGUCCACAUCUCCACGUCAGGUGGGAGCCUCCCUCUAACACGGACACCAAGUCCGGCUGGGUCACCGUUAAAUAUGAGCUAAGAGUCCGACAAGACGGCGGCAACAAGUGGACGGAGUACACGUCAGGUACACAAACCCAUUUCAGCCUGUACAGCAUCAGUCCCGGGGUUGUGUACACGGUUCAGGUGCGCUGCCGACUAGACCACGGCUCCUGGAGUGAGUGGAGCAACUCCACCUGUGUGAAAAUCCCUCACUAUAACCAGAAUGAGAGACCAUUUUGGCUCAUGGUUUCAAUCCUCUCUGCAAUUCCAUUAAUAACAGCAGCGUGUAUCUUGGUCACAAAGAGGAAAUUCGUGAAGCAGUAUGUUCUGCCACCUGUUCCUGGUCCAAAGAUAAGAGAUGUUGACGCUCAGCUUCUCAAGAGUGGGGGAUCCGAAGACGUCGACAAUGCCCUGAUGAUCAACCAAAGCUUUCCUCCUAUCGUGGCCUGGAAGGACCAAAUGGAGGAGUACCUAAUUGUGACUGAAAAUGACGAUGGGCUUCCCUCCAAUUCUCAAAAAAGGCAGAAAAGCUUCAUUAUUCCCGUUGGCUUCAACUUAGACUUGGAAAACAUCUAUUGUGAGGAGACCACAACAUGCCAAAACGCCUGGGAAAAGAAAUGUAACGAAAUGGAUCGCUUUGAAGUCGAUGACACCAUCAAACCCUUCACAAGCGGCGGCUAUGUGGAUAUUCAGAGGCGCGUGGACAACAUGCAGGGGGCGGACGUGAAACCGGUGGACUACAGCAGAGUGAAAGAGGUGAACGGUGACAACAUUCUCAUCUACGAGAAAGAAAACGUCCCGCUUGAGAGCUGCGGCUACAUCGAUGUCCAGAUACGAGGGAACAUCCCAGAGGACUACAGCAGGGUGAAGAAGGUGGACAGUGACAAUGUGGUCACCCUGCAGUCACGACACGCGUCCGUUGACACUUCCAGUAGAGAGAAGGGAAACCACUACACGGGCCGUGCCCUGCAGAAGACGAGAAAAACGAAUAUGUGCACGGAACUCAUCGAAAGCGGAUAUGUAGAUGCCAUCCACCCAUCGUCGAAUACAGGAUGAAUCGAUACGGCAUUCAGUCCAUAUCGAUUCAUUAUGUUCUCCAUAAAAUCUGCAACAUGGCUGUUAUGCAGAGGCGCACAAUAAGUGAGGCGGGAGUUCCAGUCGGUUUUUAAUUGAAUUGUACCGAGCGUGUUGUAAAAUUUGGCUACGUAUAUGCCAUAAUAAACCUAAUAUGUAUAAAUACCGUCAUCUAGCGGCAUCAUCACGUCCAACAUUUUAAUUUUGUCCAAUACUUUUGGUUUAUGACCAAAUACCUGAUAAGCUAAUGACAUUCAGCCUCAGCUGUACGUGUUUGUUUAGCACUUUUAAAUGUUAUCAUGCUAAACUUUAACCUACAUUACAACAUUACACCUGCUAGUGCUAAACAAUAACUGGCCGGAUCAAUUAAUCUGUUGGUUUUGGUCUUUGCAUGGGAUUUGUUGAAGCUACAAAGAGAUGUAUACAAUUAUGACCUAAUGAUUGGUUCAUUUAUUUGGGAUGUGCAGAAAAAGUCAUCACACCCACACUACGACAGAACAUUUUAAAUGCCAUAUUCUAACAUCGGGUCAUACUUAAGAAGAUUGUGCUUUCAGACAGAAGAUUUCUCUGGAAGAAAAUAAACAGACACAUAAAUAUGAUGGUAGUCCAAUCAACUAAACGGUUUACUAAUUCUGUAAGAUACUUAAAAAUGGCGCAGAUAUUUUUAAAGAAUGAUUGUUCCUCGAACUUAUAUGACACAUUGAGCAGGGGAUUAAAACAAUAAGUAAUCUUUAGUAAAGUAUUAGUAAGAAAAUUCAAAUAUGUUGACACAGGUGAGUGUGAGUUUUAUUUAAAUUUGUAUAGCAGACGGCAUUUUUAAAUGUUUGUACAUUGCACAUUUUAAGCACUGUGUUGAAUGGCACUUUGAAUAAUGCAGUUUAUUAAACAAUGGAUUAUUUAUGCUGUAAACAUGCAGAACAUAGUUUCAAAAGUGAUCUCACGGAAGAUGUUUCUUCUUUUCUUUCACCCAAAUAAACAAAAUGUAACUUUCAGAUUUUCCCACGAUUCUUUAUUCAGAUGAGAAAUUAAAUGUUCUAUAUUAUCUGUUGACAACAUAUUAAUCAUUUUAAAAUGACCAAAAACAUCAGUUUUAUCUUUCUUUGUUUAUUAAUGACCCACAUUCAUUUGAAGUAAACACUGCAUUUGUCCUCUUCAUGAAGACGACACUCUACAUUGAUAUUUUGCUUGAAGAAGAAAAUUAAUCAACUCCACAUUGUCUUUUACUUUCCUAUCAAACGUGCAACUGAACCAGCAGACCAUUUUAUUAUUUUUAAGUAUUGGUUGUAUCUCUGUUCUCCAAGGAAAUGCAGCCCCGAGUCCAUUUUACAUUCAGAGUUCAUAUUCAAGGAUUUAUUUAAAAAAAAGAAGCUAAAAUCAGGAAGUACAUCUUAACAUUAUUUUUGUUUCAAAUCUUCGUGUGUUUUUUUAAAUUCCUAUUGUUUCACAGUUUGGUCUCUCAUAACCACAGAAGCUAUUGAACCAUUGUAUAGUUUUUAAAGAAACAGUUGGAAGUUUGGGGAAUAAUGCUUAUUCGUGGAUUAGAUGAGAAAAUUGAUAUCAAUCACAUGUCUGAGCUAAUUAGCACACGCUAUUUUGUUUGUUUGAUCUUAACUAAAACUUGAAGAGAAAAAAUAAACAAUGACGAUCUGCCAUUU